AUGGAGAACCGCAUCUCCCCCACCGAGGCCCUCCGCGGCUCCAUCCAAUACUGGAACGCCUUCAUCUCCAAGUGCUUGACCAAGCGCCUCGACGCCGGCCCCUUUGAGGACUACGUCAAGCUGGUCUUUGCCAAGCACCAGCUCACCCCCGACAUCAUUGCCGACUUCUUUCUGCAGCCGCAAAAGUCCAAUUGCGUCAGCCCCGACCCGCGAAUCCCUCCAUACAUCUCCGUGCUUACCCAGCUACGAUACAUCGAUGCGGCGUCCAUCCUCCGCGCUCUCUAUAGAUAUUCGUCGCUGCAUUCUCUGACACCACCACAGCCGCCGGGGCCAGCAAAAGAGCAGGGACGAGAUCAAGAACAAGCACAAACGCGGCAAGAUGGCGAGACUGAGAAAAAUACCCUCUCGUCAUCUCAAACCCGCUGGAAGAGCUCGUCAUGGCUCGAAGAGGUCAUGUUCUACCAUGUGAUACGGCUUGUGGUGGAAGGCACUGCUCUCAAGGACUCCCGCACGGCAUUGGAGCUCAUGCACAUCAUCUCAAAAUGGAUGUCCCUGUUCUCCGCCGCGUCGAAUCCUCUGGGGGCAGACAUGCUCGCAGGCGGCUUGCAAGAUCCGCAGGUUCGCCACGAGAUGGAGGUCUCCCGGGCUGCCUUUGUCCCUCUGUUGCUUCGGCUCGUCGACAAUCCGGCUCUUGUUAAGGCCAUUAGCCACCCGGCCGUUAAAGAGCCCCGAAAGCAGUUCUCAGAGAGCCUCACGUCUUUUGUGCAAAUUUUCCAACCUGUCCCGCAGUUCGUUGAGAAGCUCGAAAUGUUUAGGACGGAGGUCCUUGCUCCAUUGGACCCGGUAGAUAAGAACAACCAAGCUGCCAAUGCUGCCAUGGACGACCUACUAGACUCUACUGUGGGCUUGGAUAGCCUGGUGAUCCCGGAUUUGCCCAUAUCUAAUACACGGGCGGGCCUAUACAUAUACCUUGGUGCUUCUCUCGUUGGGCGACCAUUGAUAGACGACCAUGCUUUAUUUUCGUACUUGAACAACAGGUAUCAGGGAAAUACUCAGCAAAGUGCAAUCGAUCUGAUACUGGCCUCUUUCGACUUGCUUGCAAACGCCGUUUUCAGAAAUGAAGGACCCAGGGACGCCCACCUGUUACGAUCCUUCUUGAUCAAUAAGGUGCCUCUGAUCCUCGCCCAGCUUUGCCCUCCCGGAUUUUCGACAUCCGCCGAGUUUUGUAUCACUGAGGCCCUCUCUCAAGUCGACACAAGCGUGUUUCCCACCGCAUCACUCAUGUUUGAUGAAUCGCGCAAUAACAACCCGUACACAGAGAGUGUCCGAGAAGAGUUUUGUUCGGCCUGUGCUCUCCACGGGCUCAUAGAGCGAGAACACGUGGAGCGGAUCCUAGGAGAAAGCUCAAUGUCAUAUGAGCCCUCCCAAGAAAAAUAUUCCAAAGAAAAGCUGGUUCAGAGCUGUCUGUCCGACCCGGACAAGAUACAAGCGCUGAUUCGUGACAUGGAUAAAAUGGAUGGCAAUGUAGGAGCGGUGUGCCAGGCGCUUGUCGAGUUAUUGCGGCAACUAUGCAACAGCAAAGAAACAAUGUCCCUGAAGAUCCUCUGCAGCCAAUUAGUUCAGAAGCCCCAGUCUCUAGACGUACUCCUCCUGUUCGAGAAAAUGCCAGUUGUUUUGGAGCCUAUAUGCCAGCUUUUAGACGGUUGGCGAUAUGACGAGGACCAAGGCGAGUAUCAGCCCGUCUACGAAGAAUUCGGCGCCAUUCUGCUCCUGGUGCUGGCGUUUGCCUACCGAUAUGGCUUGUCUCCAGCAGACAUUGGCAUCAUGUCACCGGACUCGAACGUUGCCAAAAUCAUCAGCCGAGCUCAUGUCAGCGUCCCUUGGGAUAAGAUAUCGGAGCAGGAUAAUGGACACCUCAGCGGAUGGAUUCACGGGCUUUUCGACAGCGAUGCGGGAGGUCUAGGUGAUGACUUGAUGUCUUCUUGUCCGCCUGCAGAGUUCUACCUCCUCAUUGCGACGCUCUUUGAAAACAUUGUCAUUGCAUAUAGCCAGGGCGCUCUAACCGAUGACGCCCUUAGGUCGGGCAUAGAAUACCUGGUUGACACGUUUCUACUUCCAUCGCUGAUCCCGGCGAUCCGAUUCUUGUCCGAGUACCUCUGGGUCGAACAGAGGGAGCAGAAAUCCAUUAUCAAAAUUCUGCAGCUCAUCCUGCUGCCCACCUCUAUUUCCGGCGAAGCCAGCACCAUGCUUGCUGCGGUAAAGGGAAUAGUUGCCAAACCCUUGGAGCAUUCACUGCGAGCAUACCAGCGACAAGAUCCCAAGAACCAGGACAUUGAGCCACUGCUGAGGGCUCUGAAGGACAGCUUGCCCCUUUCUCGGCGGACGGGGGCCGCUGAGCACCAGGAGCUGGAGAUGUGGGCAACCAGCUCCAGCAGCGGGCUAUCGGGGGCUACCAAACACCUGAUCCAGGCCCUCGUCCAGUGGUGUAUACAUCCAGAAAUGACGGCCAUGCCAACCUCGUAUACGCACCGGCAAAUUAUUGCCACGCUCAAGAUUGUGGGCGCACGCAGGCUUCUACAGGUCAUGCUGGAGGAAAUUCGCCAGCAAAUGCUGACGGGCAGUGGGAGUGUCGUUUACGAUGUGGUCACGGCACUGGUUUGCGCCCCAAACGUAAGCAAUGAGCUCCCACCGAUCAGUGGAUUAUUGGAUGAAUCAGGCAACAUGCCGCCACAGCUGCAGCGACGUCUCACUCUGCGGGAAGUCCUGAAGAUGGAGGCCGAGGACUAUCGGAAAUUGCACAAGAAGGAUGCCGAGCUGGCAGAAAUCAUGGUUCGCCUUUACCGGAGGGUGGAGGCGCAGAUGGUGCUGCCGCCGCCGCCGAUGCUGCAGGCGGCCGAUAUGCAGCUGGACCUGGCUGGUGACGCGGCGAGCUUGGUGGGAGACUCCAUGGCGGCGGCUGCGGGGGUUCAGGGCGAUGGCACGCUCGCAAUGGAUGGCGUGGGCGGCCUGGAUAUGGGCAUGGGCGGUGUUUCGUCUGAUUUGGGCUUGGGGACGUCUGGUAACAGUGGCGGGCUGGAUGCGUCGGCAGAGGCGGAUUUGUUUGGCAGCCUCGACACCGACAUGGACGUGUUUGAUGGAUGGGGCGGCAUGGAUCUCGGAGGGCCGUGA